UCGAGUUGAUCAACACCUAUUUCCUCUGUGAUGGGCUCGAAAAUGGGUUUUGAACCGGGCGUCUGAGGAUAACAUAUUAUUAACGAAUAUUGACAUAUUCGUUAAUUAUAUAUUAAAUUAUCAAUAAAUGUAUUGUUUCGUUUCAGUUUGAUAAAACAAGAUGUUCACGCCGAAUAAAAUUUCACGAACGUAUCACGAAUCGAAUGCAUUUCGGCUCUUAGCAACGUAUAAUGUUUGUCUGUAUCCAUCAUAAUUCGCGUGUAGGCGUACAUCGCACAGUAAAGCUCGCCGAUUAGUCGAUAAUGACAAUCCAGCUGAACUGCGAACUUUUCCGUGACUGCCCAGCUGAAUUGGUUUAAUAGUAUCGCGAUAAUGACGAGCGCGAGUGAAAUACUAGAGGAAUCGUUUAAACACAUUGGCUUGGCAGAUUGGCAGGCCAAAGAAUGGGAAAUUCACGAGACUGCCAACAACAAGAAAAACGAAUCGUUCGAUUUGCGCUACGAGUCAAAGUCUACGAUUUUACAAACCAAUAUUCAAACGGUAUGGAACAAUCACUUGAACAAUCACAAACUGUCCGAUAGAGUCACGGAACUAUCUCGCUGGCGCGGUAACUUCGAAUCGGUACUCGACGCAUUGAGCAAAGAAAUCGACUUGUUAAUCGAGGAGAGAGCCGACACGGAAAAGGAGCUGGAACUGCUGGACCACCCGCUGCAAAUCGCGAAUCGCUGCAUCGGCAAGAGAAACAAUCGCACCAGCUCGGAAAUCACCUACGACGACGUCGACGUGCAACUGAGAGCAGAAGUUGAUUUGAUCGAAGCCAAGAGGAAAUUGUUCACUGCCGACAUCAAAACAGCCUGGGACAAACUAAAUCGUCUGGAAGAGAUGAAAGCUAGAAUCAUCGAGGAGAUUCGUGAUAAAUCCGAAGCCACGGGCAUCGACUCGGAAAAUUUGGAGCUCUCGCGGAUAUUUCCCAAUUUCACUUACAAACCCUACGCUCUCAGCAUUCCAGAAGAUGCCGUGUCGUACGAGAGUUGGCUCGAGCACUCGCGUCACACGCAGCAGCUGGCCGAGCAGGAGAUGAGCGACACUUACAGCCUGCGCGAGUCCAUGCGCGUCGACAAGGACACGGCCAAGCGCGAGCUCGUCUUCCAGCAGGACGCCACGGAUUACGCGCUGCGUCGUCGGGCCUUCGCCACGCGCAAAGCUCGCAACGAGCUCGACUGGCAGAAGCUCAAGAUUCGGCGCGAGGCCGAGAGUCUGCGGCUGCAGAUCGUCGAUCUCGAGACCGCCCUUAGAGCCAAGGCCGACGACCUCAAGUGCUGCGAGACGAGGCUGGAGAAUCGCACGUACAGGCCGCGCUACGAGCUCUGUCAGGACGAGCCCGAGUUCGGACUGAAGGACGAGCUGGUGAAGCUUCGCGAGAGCAUGGCCAAGCUCGAGGAAAAAAUCAACUACGCCAAAUCGAUUCACAAUGAUUUGGAAAAAAUUCUCGAACGCAUCGAUCAAGAUUUGGAAAAUAAGCAGCACGCCUUGACCACCGACGUCAUGUGUCUGGAUAUGCGCUCGACUUUGUUGACGAGGGACGAGAAUAAGGGGCAAAACGAGACUGAUCGCAAUAUCAUUUUGACUGAUCUUAGCAAAGAAAUUUCGUUGGAAACGAAAAAAGCAUACACAACUUAAUUUUUAUCACUUAUUUAUAAUAAAUCAUUAUAAAUAUACAAAUCAACGUAAAACAUAGUUAAAAUUCAUAA